AUGGGGCUCAGCCUGAUGGCCGGGAGCCUGCACCACCUCAGAGGCCAGGCCAUGGAAGCCGUGUUCCUGCCAGUCCUGUGGAAGGGGUUGCUGUCCUUUGAGGACGUGGCUCUGUACUUCACCAGGGAAGAGUGGGACACACUGGACUGGGCUCAGAAGGACCUCUACAGAGACGUGAUGCUGGACAACUACAGAAGCGUGCUCUCCUUUGGUAAUGAGUUGGCUUGA